AUGGUCGUAGCUGGCCACCCCCGCCCCGCUCCUCAACGGUUGUCCCAUCACUUGAGGCCCGGCCAUGGCUACCAGGCCAGCAACAACAACGACAACAACAACAACAGCAACUACUACUACCAGCAGGUUCCAGCCGGUGGUCUUGCUAUCAUGCCAACUCAACCCGCCUUGUUGGCCGAUUGCUCGCCUUUCUCGUCUGCCUAG